GAGGGAGAGGUGAGGGGCCCCCUUCCUCCAGAGCUAGGAUUCUGUGUCCUUCAAAGCUAGUCGAGUUCUGGUCUGCCACUCCCACCAUGAAUCUCUCCCCUCUUCGCCCCUCAGUCAGGUCCUUCCCUGCCACCCCCUGCGUCUCCUUCCUGACCAUCUUUCUGUCCCUCAAGAAUCCCGUUGGAAGUAAACCCCAUAGCUUUCACAUUGCGCUGUCUGUGACCAAUGCUUCACCAUCAGUUGAGUGUGGGUGGCUGAGAUGUUGCCAGGAAUAUUGCUGACCAAAAUGCUGCACGUUCCUUUCAUGGCAGAUUCCUAAAAUGUAGGCUUCUGUCCCACAAGCUUUCGUAUGACACUUGCCGCCUUCCGUCGCAAAUCAAAGCAGUGCACCUUCCAUCCACUCCAGUCUCGGAAGGAACGGACAGGACCACCUUAGCUGUGUUAGCCUUCGGGACUCCUCUGCUCAUUCUAGUUUCUUCUGUACCGAGAAGGAGUAUGAGCUCAAAGGCUGUGUCUGUGGGCUCCGAAACGAAUGGCAGGUUGGCUGAUGAAAAAGGAAUCCCACUGGCUUGGUUUUAUUAUUGUUCCCCAGAGGGAGAGAUUUCAGAAUUUGGCCGAUUCCUGAAAUGUGUUGCAGGCUGGGUGCUGUCAAUAUGCACCCUUGGCAAUGGUGAGAAUUAAAGAGAGUGGCUGGGAUCCAAGCAAUUCAUUGAUGGUGUAAUACCCCCAGGAGUAAAACCAGAAGGUGAAGAAAAGCAGUAUUUAUUUAACAAAGCUGAUUAUUUUCUUAGGACAGCUAGUUGUUUAUUUUAGACCAGUCUCUACUCCAGCUGUGAUAAAGCAAAUAGAUUUAAAUGCCAUCCCCUGUCCUUUCAUUCCUUAUAAUUAGGGAUAUACCCUAGGGAGAGGGCAUGCUUAUGUGUGUGCGCAAACACAGGCACCCAAUGGAAUGAAUGAUGUAGUGCACCCCAGAGUUAUUUAUUUUAAUACGUCAUAUGUGCUUGGGGCUCGCUUUGCAUCAUUCUCAUGCUAUGACAUCCCCAAACUCCCAAGGAAAAGUCCCAUGUAUAAUUUCAUACGGUUGUCAUCCAGUAUUUAGAAAUGACUAAACUUGUUCAGUGCAAGGGGAAUGCAUUCCUUUAAUUGCCCUGUUCUGACUAACUUUAUUGUAGCGUUAAACUUUUGGUGACCUACCUGAUCCCUCCACUCCACUCCACCCCAUGCAUACACGGGAAAUGCCUGCCUCCAGCCACCUUCUCAAUACAUCUUUCCUGCUUCCAGGCUUGUCUUGGACAUCCUAUCAUUUAUCUGCACCUCUGCAACCUCUGAUUAGUGUGACCCUGCCAUUCAGGUUGAAUUUCUGAAUGAACCCCUGUAAUAUGCAUCGUUUCCAGGUGAAAAUGAUGUAAUUGUAUGGACUGUUUGUGGUUCUGACUGGCCUCAGAUGAAGCUAUUUGGCCUGAAUUUCUUAGGCAAAUCAUAAAAUAUGGUCUAGGGUGCAUAAAUAUUUGUCUAACAACCUUUCACUUUUUAUAAAUCAAAUCAAGGUUCAGACUAGUUAGUCUUGUGGGUUACCUACUCUUCAGACAUGGGAGCCUAAAAUUAGACAUCUACAUCAAUAUAUUGAAACCUAAAUACUGUACCUGUUUUAGGCACAUAAUGCAGUCUUGGCAUGUAGGCACCUAACGUUCUAAAACAUCUCUGUUUAAUUGAAAAACAAAAAACUUGCAAAAUUUCCUUUCAUAUAUCUGACGUGAAGCUUGGAGCAAUCAAACUGGUGACCAUGCCAAAAGAGUCCAUCCCAGGUUGCGCGCAGAUGUACAUUAUGUUGGAAAAAUUAGAUGUCAGGGUUAUACUUGAAUCAAGAUAGAUCACCUGUAAAGCUGUGGUUUCUAAACCUUACUGAGUAUUAAUAUAUUCACGGUUGUCUCCCAGCAGCUUGGGACACAGGGCACCCAUCCUGAUUGUGAUUGAAUGCUCUUUCCACUGCUUGCUUGCUUGAUUUUGAUGAUACUGUAUUUAUUUGCAACCCCACAGAAACGUUGUUCGGUGAUCAUGGGAUGUAGUAGUUCCACAAAUGCCUAUUACUUCCUGCGGAAAUCGGAAAAAGUUCAAACACUGCCAGAUGCAGCUCACCCAGCCUUCAAGGCCGCUGUCCUGAUCCAAAGAUGGUAUCGACGCUAUGUUGCCCGGCUAGAGAUGCGCCGAAGGUGCACGUGGAGAAUUUUCCAAUCCAUAGAGUACUCCUGUGAGCAGGAUCAGAUCAAGCUUCACAACUUCUUCAGCUACCUUAUGGACCACUUCACCCCAAGCAGCAGCAAAGAGAGGGACUUCAUUAGCCGCAUGUUGACGGAGGAAGAAAGCUACAAAGACACAGAGCUGGAAAAACUCUGCGACUAUGAAUCUGUAGAGGUGCCAGAUUCCUACACUGGACCCCAUCUCUCCUUCCCACUGCUGCCUGAUCAUGCAACUGCCUUACUCGAAGCUUUCAAACAGAAACAACAGCUCCACGCUCAUUAUGUCUUAAAACUCCUGCACGAGACCAGGAGACAUCUCAUGCAGCUGCCAAACAUCAACCAUGUCUCCACCUGCUACAGCGAGGAGAUCACUGUCUGCGGAGACUUGCAUGGCCGGCUGGAUGACUUGUUUCUGAUAUUUUACAAGAAUGGCCUUCCGUCCCCGGAGAAGUCCUAUGUGUUCAACGGGGACUUUGUGGACCGAGGCAAACAGUCCAUUGAGAUCUUGAUCAUUCUCUUUGCCUUUCUCUUGGUGUACCCGAAGGAGGUUCAUCUGAACCGCGGAAACCACGAGGACCACAUGGUCAACUUACGCUAUGGUUUCACGAAGGAGGUCAUGCAAAAAUACAAGGUGCAUGGGAAGAAAAUUCUCAAGAUGCUCCAGAAUGUCUUUUGCUGGCUGCCACUGGCCACCUUAAUCGAUCAGAAAGUCCUGAUUCUACACGGCGGGGUGUCUGACGUGACUGACCUGGUGCUGCUGGCCAAAAUCCCAAGGCACAAGUUUGUUUCUGUGUUAAGGGGCAAAAAGAGAAAAGAGAAGAGUAGACACAUGGACUCCAAAGCGAUAAAUGGCGAGAGCCCUGUGGGCGUUGAUCCUCCGAGGAGCAGUUCGUUCCCUGGCUCAUGCCUCCAGUCUGAGCUAGCUAGCGCUGCGAGCUCGGCCAGCAGGGCGGAGCUCUCCCAGUGGGUCCGGCAGAUGGUCCAAGAGGAGCUGGAGAAGUGCCGCAAGCAGGUGGGGUUCGAUGAGACUCCAGGGGACAAGGAGCUCACCUGUGUCAGCUCCGUCACCAUGACCGAGUCAGAGCUGGAGUCCUGUGAAACAAGCGAGUCUAGCCAAGAAGAGUGGAAGCAGAUUGUAGAUAUAUUGUGGAGUGACCCUAUGCCUCAGGAGGGCUGUAAAAUGAAUACGGUGCGAGGAGGCGGCUGCUACUUUGGGCCUGAUGUGACAGAGAAGAUUCUCCAGAAGCACAGUCUGCAGUUCCUGAUCCGCUCUCAUGAGUGCAAACAGGAAGGCUAUGAGUUCUGCCACAAUCGAAAGGUACUGACCAUAUUUUCCGCUUCAAACUAUUACGAGAUUGGCAGUAACAGAGGAGCCUAUGUGAAACUGGGGCCGGACCUGAUCCCUCAUUUUGUGCAGUAUCAAGCUAACAAGACAGCCCAUACAUUAACUAUGAGACAAAGGAUCAGCAGAGUGGAGGAGUCAGCCUUUCGCGCGCUCAGGGAAAAGCUCUUUGCUCACACAUCAGACCUCAUCUGUGCAUUUAAGAGCUACGACCAGGAUGGAACUGGAACCAUCACGCUGAGCGACUGGGCAACUGCAGUAGAGUCAGUCUUGCAUUUCGGACUGCCCUGGCGGAUGCUGAGGCCGCAGCUGGUGCGCGGCACUGCAGGGGGCCUGCUGGAGUACAGAUCCUGGCUGGAUGACUUAGCUGUGGAACAACGGAGCAAAGAGCACAUACAGUCAAGCUUGCUAGAAGCCAUUUAUCGAAACAGAUCCAACCUGGAGACCAUCUUCAGGAUCAUAGAUAGCGAUCAUUCAGGGCUUAUUUCAUUUGAGGAAUUCCACCAGACCUGGAAGCUGUUCAGCUCCCCUAUGAACAUGGAGCUCACAGCUGAUGGCAUCAGUGACCUGGCCCGCAGCCUAGAUUUCAACAAGGAUGGAAACAUAGACUUCAACGAGUUCCUAGAGGCCUUCCGCCUCAUUGAACACACUCAUGGUGAUGAUAAAGCGCCCCACCCAGCAGAGAUGGCUGUUAGCUAGUAGGGCAGGCUGCAAUGCCUUUGGAUGAUCUCCUAAGCCGCAGCACAAACAAAGGCCCUGCCAGCAGCUAUGACAACUUGUGGGGAAGUAGAACCGAGUUACAUUUUAGACCUCUCAGUGUUGUUAGGAGUUACGGCCCGUGUUCCAUUUUUUGGUAUGAGAAUUGGCCAAAUAAGUAGUAAUUUAAAAGGAAAUGGAGGGAAGGUGUUGCUCAAGUAGAUAUUUAUUCUAACACUCUGCAAGGGUAUAGUGUAGCCUGUUACCCCCAUUUACUGACAUUUCUGUAAACUAUUACAGGAUCAUUAACAAUGUUUGUGAAGUGGCAUUAUUAGGAACAUCUGCACUAGCUGAAGUGUUAAGUACAAACCUAAAAACAGGGUGCAGGAAUUUUGUUCUUUAAAUAGACUUAAAGCCCAGAAGCAACCACUGAUGAUGAGCUAGAGUCUGACUUGUAUAAAGUCAGGCCAUCGUGUGAAGUUCUCUCUCUCUUUUUUUAAAUCCAGUCUUGCUUUAAAGACUUCAAGUGAUGAAGAAUCUGCCACAUCCCUAGGGUAAGACACUCCAGUUGUUAAUCACCUUGCUAAAAUGUGCUUUAGCUAGUGGAUCUCUUUCUCCUAGACAGACUUUUACAAGAGGGGUCGGCAACCUUUCAGAAGUGGUGUGCUGAGUCUUCAUUUAUUCACUCUAAUUUAAGGUUUUGCAUGCCAGUAAUACAUUAACGUUUAUAAUAUAUAACUAAACUAUUGUUGUAUGUAAAGUAAAUAAGGGGUUUAAAAUGUUUAAGAAUGGGCAGUGUGAGUGCCACUGAAUAUCAGCUCCCGUGCUGCCUUUGGCACAUGGGCUAGUGGCUGCCUACCCCUGAGAUAGAUACUUAAGAGCUGCUAUACAGGUUCAGGUAAUUGACCCAUCGCCACUAACUAGUGCUGCAGAGGAAAGUGAAAACUUUCACAUAACAGCGAAAACGUUUGAACAAUACACUGGAAGUACUGUUAGCUCAUACAGUUGGAACAAAUCAAGGGCUAGAUUCACCCAAGCUUCACAAAAUGAUGUACCUCACUAGGAUUUGCUGAAUAAUGGAGGCAAUAUUUGACCCUGAAUUUGCAGAGAGUAAUGGUAUUUACCAAGGACUUUUCACCUUGUUUAGGAACCCCAGACAGACAUCGGUCAGGUUUGAGUCAUAUUUCUUAUUAUAAAAAAAUAUUCCAAAAUGCUGUAUCUAGAGUAAUGCUAGUAUAAUGCAGGGGAAGAAAUCAGGCAAACUUAAUUUUUUUACAGUAUGAUGCUUGGUAGAUUUCUUUCGUAGCACAAGUCUGCUGUAUUUCAGGAUUUGUUAGUCACAAGUGCCUUUGACAA